AUGGAUGACCAAAUGCAAUUACUAUUUUCAAAUUUAAAAUUAGAAUUGGAAAAGCAAACCACAGCAUUGAAAAAAUCCAUCAGAGAAGAAAUAGAUGAAACAUUAAAACCAUUAGUAGAAGAAAGUCAAAUUUUAAAAAUAGAAGUUAUUAAAUUAAAGGAAAAGAUUAAUCGCCUGGAAUCUGAAAAAAGGGAGACCAAUCUAAUUUUCUAUGGCUUCGAAGAAUCAACAGAGACACAUACCAACAUCGUCAAAAUGAUAUCAACUGCUCUAAAUAAAUCUGGGAUUGAAAUUGAAGAUCGCGAUAUUAAUAAAGCACUUCGAAUUGGCAAACCAAGAGAAAAAGCACGUCCAAUUUUGGUUAAGAUGCUGAAUGUAUGGAAGAGAAAUGAAAUCUUAAAAAACAAGAAAAAGUUGCCUAAAAAUAUAUACGUCAACGAAGACUUUAGUAAAGAAGUGCUAGAAAAGCGUAGAGAGCUCAUGCCUCAGUUGAAAGAAGAGAGAAAAAAAGGUCACACGGCUUUUUUGAAGCAUGACAAACUGAUCAUAAAGGAAGACGAAAGUACAUCCCGGGAUAAACGCAAAAGAGAAAAUUCCAAUUCCCCUAAUAACCCCACCGGAGAAAAAACACGACCAAAAAUCAAUAAAAUAAAUGCUUUCGAACAUAUGUACAGGAACAGAUCCCACUCAUCGUCAGAAAUAAAUACAAAAUAG